AUGCCAACGCACCCGAAUCGCCAGCGACUGACGAAGCUGCGAGAUCUGUACACGGCUCUAGGUAUCGAAGGUGACGACGACAGCAGCGAUGAUAGCAAGGACCAAGACGCUUCCGCUGGCGAGGAUGAAGAUUACGAAGAGGGGGGCCAUUCGCGAUCCGGAUCCGAUGGGGGCGACCUGACUACUACCGCGCUUAAGCAGCACAAGAAGGGCGUCAAGACAAAGCAGAAGGGCGCGGCAAAGGCAACAUCAUGUGACAAGUUUGAGGCCACGCUGAGCCGGGUAUUAAUGUAUUUGCCAUUGAAGUUCCGACCGCUGAAGAAACAGAAAACAGUUCCACGUUCGGAUCAUUCGGAUAAUGACGAGCGUGAGGAGUCCCGAUCUGCCGGCCAAUCAGGGUCUUUAGGCGAGUACACGCCUAGGGUUCGAAGAAGCAAACAUCUUGAAGAGAUCGACUCGAUGAACAACGACGGGGACAAAAUUGUAAACGUAGUCCCUCCGUUCGCACCAAAGACAACAAUUUCGUCGUGGCGUGAUUUCGAAAAGCAGUUCACGGAGUACAUGGAGAAGAAUAAUUUAAAGUUUCGCGUGCGGAGUUCAGAAAGAACGGAAUCAUACAACAAGUAUGAGUGUUAA